AUGUCUCAUCUUCGUUACUACGCGUACGAGGGCGUUGGCCAAAAGAACCUCAAGAACUUUAGCUACAACCAAGCCGUGCGUGUGGGUGACAAGAUCGAGUGCGCCGGCCAAGGCGGAUGGGAUCCCAAGACGGGGGAGUUUUACAAGGAGAUCAACGCGCAGAUUGACCAAGCGUUUGCCAACGUCGACCUCAACUUGAAGGACGCCGGCGGCAAGGGCUGGGAACAGGUCUACAGGGUCAACUCGUACCACGUGCCGAUCAACAACGAGGCGAUGGAUGCCAUGGUCAGGAACUUCAACAAGUGGAUGCCGAACCACAAGCCCAUCUGGACAUGCGUGGGGGUACCAAGGCUCGGCGAAGACGACAUGCGCGUCGAGAUUGAGGUUGUUGCGCACGACCCUGAAGGCGCUGCGAAGGCUUGA